AUGAGCUUGGACAAGCAUCGCAAGAUGAUGGCCGGUGCAUACCUGUCACCGCAGCCACAGCUUGUGCACGUUUGGUGGCCACCCAUUCGGGUGAAUUUGAUGAUGAUGCUUCACUGGAGUAGUUUCCGCAACUGUUGGAGCCAAUUUUUCGUCAAGCCACACAGGUGGCUGGUGUAUGUGCAGAGUUUCAUCCUACCUGGCUUUUGUCUGGAGCAGAGAUGCUUUACAGAUUUGCUCGUUUCCAAGCAAUCCAAAGCGACUUUCGGAAAUACAAAGUUUGUGGAGUUGAGCACCGGGGAUUCGGCCGCAAGCUCAAAAUAA